AUGCCUCACAAGCACAGGCGCAUCGAAGACGACGAGUCGCAAUUCGACCUCCCACCCACACUCCACGCUGCUCCACUCGCCGUCGGUAAAGCCCGCACAUUCAACAGUGCUCCAAAGACCAAGAAGCGAAAAGUAGCCCAGGUCGAAGGAUAUGGCGCAGACGACACCCCCAAGGCCUUUCAGCGCCUCAUGGCCUUCUCCAGCGGUGGUCAGAAGAAGCGCUCAGGCCUUGACGAUGGGUCCGUGAAGCCCAAGAAGCAGAAGAAGGGGCAGCAGCAGCAGUCAGCGACAACCACAGAUGCAACCAAGGAAGAAAAGAGCACCAAGAUCGACGAGCAGCCGCCACAGACAACCCCCGCAUUGAAGAUCCAGCCCGGAGAGUCCAUGGCAGACUUCCGUGCGCGUGUAGAUCAAGCUCUUCCGCUAUCGGGCAUCACAAAAUCCGGCAAGAAGAUUGCCGGCCUAACCGAUCACCGCGUCACCAAGCACGAGCGGCGGCUCAAGCGUCUACAAAAGGGUUGGAGAGAAGAGGAAGCCAGGUUGCGCGAAAAGGAAAUGGAGCGAAGAGAACUAGCAGAGGAAGAAGAAGACGAGCUAGAUGCCAUGUGGGACGACCACACCGCCGACCUUCCCACAAAACGAACCGUGGACGGCAAGAAGAAAAAGGCCAAAAAGGGCAAGCGCAAGCUUAAAGUCGGCGAAGUCGCUCACGACAGCGAAGACGAGUGGGAGGCCCUCAAGAAGAAGAGGGAGGAGAGAAAGGGAUUGAAUGAUAUUGUGCAUGCUCCUCCGACGUUUACAAAAACUCCGAGGGAAAUCUUUAAAGUGAAGAAUGGUGCGGGGGCAAAGGUGGCGAAUAUACCCAAUUCCGCGGGUAGUCUGAGUAAGAGGGAGCAGUUGGGCGAGGAGCGCCAGAAAAUGAUUGAUGCCUAUCGACAAAUGAUGGCUGCGAAGAAGGCGUGA